AUGGCACCCAGCAGCACUAAGGAUCAAGAGCAAAAGAUAACGGAAGUGAUUGCCAAAGCAGGACUGGUCUACUCGGAGAAGAGUACUCUGAGCGAGAUUUUGAGUAAACCUAAAAUUAUGCCCCUCAAAUCAAUAACAUUACAAAAAAUUGAGGAAAUGGAAAAGGAAGCUCUUGAAAGAGCAAUCAAGAUGAAGAAGAAUGUAGAAGAUCCAUUCUCGGAGCCUCAACAUUAA